GUUUCAGUUGAGAGCUGAUCGUGAGCCAAGGAGCACCGAGUACCGAGCACAGCCACAGCAGCUCUCCAAAUGUACGUUCGGAAUUGCCUUGUGGUGUGGUGUCUGUCCCUGGUGUCUGUGGUGCUGUUGGUGGCAUCUGCCGAGAUCAAACCAGACCACAUCCGAGUGGAGAGCCUGCUGGAGCACUGCCACGUCGUAGCUGAGCAGACCCGCUGCAGCGGCUUCAAUUUCGAAAGCGAGGGCGAGAGAGCCUCCUUUGACCUUCAAACGGAGGUGAGGAUCACCCCAGAUGGCAGCACCUACGAGGUGGUGGCCGAUGCUAAACCCUCGGGAGCACUGAUCUUCGAGAACUGCACUUUUCUGCACUUUCCUGCCAUGCUAUUGUACAUUCUGGAGGUCACCGAGUUGGACAUGCGAUCGUGCGGCAUCCGGCACAUGCGGUGGGACAGCUUUGCCGUCGGUGCCGAAAAACUUGCAAUUGUCCUCCUGGCAGACAACCUGCUGGAAGAACUCCAGGAUAAGAACUUCAUUGGAGCGGGCAAUUUGCAAUUCCUGUUUCUCAAUCGGAAUAAGAUCCGGAACCUGGAAACGGACACUUUUGAUGGCCUGCAGAGACUCCAGUAUUUGGAUAUCAGCGAAAACCAACUGGAAGAGCUUCCCCCAAGGAUAUUUGACGACCUGGAGAGCCUCCAAACAGUGGUUCUCGCCCACAAUUUGCUGACGACCAUCGCAGGGGAUUUGUUUGCCUACAAUCCCCAUCUGCAUAGCGUUUCCUUGCACACAAAUCGUCUGGAGGAUCUGGAGGAGCACGCCUUCCGUGUGGGAAAGCAGCACCGCCUCCACUCCCUCGAUCUCUCGCACAAUGCACGGCUGACGGUGUUGCUCCUCAACCUAAACGCCAGCCGCCUAAUGGUGCGCAACUGCUCGCUGGACCGCGUCAAUCUCUACGGAUCGGUGACAGAGGUCGACCUCAGCGAUAACCAGGUGCAGGAGCUAUACUUCCCCGCCUCGGAGACCCUCGAGUAUCUCGUGCUGCGCAACAAUUCGCUCAUCCAGAUGGCCUCUCUGACGCGUGUUCCGCGCCUGCGGCACUUGGAUGUAGCAGAUAAUCCAGAGCUGGCCCCCUUGCCCGAGGGCUGGCAGACGCCCGAGCUGGAGCAUCUUGACUUGAGGAGCACGGGACAACAGGAACUGCCACUGGAGGCACUGCAGGGGAUGCCACAGCUCCGAAGGCUGGAUAUUUCAGGGAAUAAUCUCACGGAUAUCGAUCCCACCACAUUCCCACUGCUCUCCAAACUGACGAACCUUUAUUUACAUGCCAAUAACUGGAACUGCUUCAACCUGCGAACCAUCAUGGAUAUGCUCAUCCGCCCCAAUGGCAUCACCUACACGGUGGACACUGUGGACCCUGAUUUCCCUGGGGAGUACAUCCAUGGAAUCGCCUGCAUGUAUCGCCAGCCAGAGAGGGAGCCUCUGGGAGGUUCUACCGAAAUAGAUUCGGGAUUCUCCGCCAGUGUGGAGUCCACGCAACUGAUCAACGAAGAACUCUCAGAGGUUGAAAAACUCCGAAAGGAACUUAAGUCUGUGGUGCAGCAUUUUGAGGUGAAAUUCGAUAUAAUUAUGAACGCAUUGGAACAGCUGAACGAGCGCAUGUCCUCCAUUGAGAAGCUAAAUCACACUAUCUGGAAUCAGGUCACACUUUCUGUUUAAUUAUUGUUCGAGAUCUCCAAGCUACAUUUUGUAUUGUUUGACUAAUAAAUGUUCUUAUCGAUUUAUUUUGACCUCAA